AUGCCCGCUACAGUCGCGCAGAUCAUCGAGCAUGAUGAAAACGAUCCCGAGCUCUUGGAGCGCAUAGCCUUUCGAACGGUAAAACCACCAAUCACCAUUAUUAAGCCCAACCCAGAAUGGCCGCAGCGGUACGAAGAAGUCAAAGAACGGAUUGAAAAAGCCCUUGGGGCCUUCAUCUUAGACAUCGCUCAUGUCGGCUCUACCAGCGUUCCCGGCCUUCCAGCUAAAGACAUCAUCGAUGUCGAUCUGUCUCUAAAAGAUGCCACGCAUGAAGCAUCCUACGUGAAGCCCCUGGAAGAGGCAGGAUUUCGGUUCCUCUUACGCGAGCCGCGAUGGCAUCAGCACCGGUUCUUCGUGGAAGACUGGCCCAAAGCUUACCACGUCAAUCUUCACGUGUGGGGUCCCGACUCGCCUGAAACUGUUCGACAUCGUAUUUUUCGUGACUGGUUACGCAAAACGCCAGCGGAUCAAGAUCUUUAUGCCAAAGUGAAACGCGACGCGGCUGAACAGACGGCUGUAGCUGGAGAUUCCCUUUUGGAAUAUAAUCUACGGAAAGAAAAAACAAUAAAGGAGAUCCUAGAAAGGGCAUUUCGUGAUUUGGGCUACAUUGAAUGA